AUGUGUGUGAGUCAAAUGGAAGAACAUGAUCCAAACAAUGAAUUAUAUUCCAAACUUGAUGAAUAUAUAAAUAAUAUUGGGAAUAUUUCAUACUAUGAUGAAAAUACUAGUUUUAAAAAUGAAAAAAAAGAAAAAAAAAGAUAUAACAAUUCUCAGUUCAAUAUUAAUAAACAUUAUUGUCAUGAUAGAGAAAAAACAAAUGGAAUGGUAAGAUAUGAAGAUUUGUUUAUAGAAAUAGAAAACUAUUAUUUAAUUUAUAAACUUAAUAGAAAAUUUGAAGAGUAUAAAAAUAUUAAAGAAAUUGAAAUAAUAAAAAAUAAAAGGACAUCAAAUUCAAAAGAAAUCGUUAAAAAAAUUCAUGCCAUAUUAAACUACCAUCAAGCUAUAAAAGAUGAAUUAAAUAUACUAGUACAAAAUAAACACUCUAUUUAUAAAACCUUUUAUUCUAUAUUUUUAAAUUAUUAUGAUAAAUAUUCUCAAAUAAAACAAAUUAAAUUAAAUAAAAACAAAAUAAUAAAUCAUUUAAGACAUUACACAAAUGCUGAACGAUUUGAAGCUAUUAUAAAUAAUAUAGAAACUAAUGGGUAUCAAUAUUUUAUAGAUAUAUUUAACAGAUUACAAUUUGAGGAUGAUCAAAAUAGUACUCAUUCAAUCAGUACUGAUACUACUAUUUCUAGUUCAGAUAAUAGUUAUAUUAGUGAAAUUGGUAAAGCUGAUAAAGCGGAUAAAGCGGAUAAAGAUGAUAAAGCGGAUAAAUAUAGCAUAGGUAGUAGUAGCUCAUAUGAUGAAGUUAGCGAACUUUUGCAAAACACAGAAUGGGAAAUAGAUCAAUAUGAGAUGUCUAGUGAUAUAGAAAUUGAAGAUAAAGAAGGAAAUGAAUUUGGUGAAAAUAGCAAAGAAAUUGUAGAUCUCAUUAAAAAAAAAAAUUUGAAUAUUGUGACAAAUAAAUUUCAAAAUAAGAAAUAUAAAAAAAAUAUAUAUAGUAACAAUAAAUUGGAUAGUAAAAAAUAUGAUACAUUUAUAAACAAUUUUCCAAAAAAGUUUUAUAAAAAAAAUGGGAUAAAAAAAAAAAAAAAUGUUAAAAAAAACGAAAUUUAUUAUAUGCUCCAAUCUUCAGAAAAGGCUAUAAAAUUUUUUAAAAAAAAUCCAACUUAUUUUAACGCAAAAAAUAAGCUAACCAAAUAUCAAUAUAUUAUUAAAAGAAUACUAAAAUAUGUUAUAAAUAUUUUUAGAGAUGUUUUAAAUAAUACAGAUUUAAAUAUUCCAUAUAAAAAAAAUGGUGAUGUCCAAAAUAAUAUAUAUGAUGUUAUGCCUUAUGAACAAGAAAUAAAAUAUGAUCAUAUAAAUAUGAACACUUCUAACAACAAUCAUAUAUUAUUUAAUCAUCAAGUUCGAAAAAAAAAUAAUAUAAAUGAAGAAAAUAAUCACAAUUCAUCAUUAUUCCAUACAGAUAAAUAUACACACAAAAAAAAUCAAGAUGUUACUAUUAGUUUAGCAAAAAAUAAUAUAACCGAGAUAAUCCAUCCUGAUUCUAAAACUUUAUUUGACAUUGAAAAAAAUGGAGAGGAAAUCAAAAAAAGGGUAUAUACGGACGGACAUGAAAAUAGGUGCAACAUAAAAAGAGAAGAGUGUGGCGAAGAUGUAGAAAAGGUGUAUAAUAAUGAUGCAGCUGGUGGUGGUGAUGUAAAUGGUAAUAAUGCUGCAACGGGUGGUGGUGGUGAGGAUAGAAUGUGUAGAGAUAUACAUGCAGAAGAUGGGGACAUAAAAAGCGAUAAAAUUAGUCAUGAAAAGUGGAAAUCAGGGUGUGUAGAAAAUAUUGUGAAAAAUACGUCUAUAUUUCUUACAAAUGAUGAACAAGAAAUUUACAAAAUUUAUAAUAACGUAAAUAUAGUAUAUUUCAAUAAGCAUAUAAAUGUGAUAGAAUAUUAUGAUAAAUAUAAAAUAAAAUGUAGUUGUUUAAAAGAUAUAAUACAUUUUAUAUAUUUAAAAUUCCAAGAUGAAAAUGAUUUAUAUAUUGAUGAAUAUAAUUCUUUAGAAAGCUUAUAUGUAAGUUCAAGAUUAAAAAUAUUAAAUAAUAAUUUAUUAAAAAAUUUUGAUAAUUUCUCAAAAAAUUAUAUCCCUAAAUAUAUAAAAAAUAUAUGUUUAUUAGCUAUAUAUAUAACAAAAUUAGAAGUAGACUUAUACAAUUCCAUAUUUAACAAUAAUUUAAAUACAUCUAUAAAUAUUAUAUUGAAUAACAUUGGAUUAGCUAUAUAUGAAAAUGUUAAUCAAACUAUUUACCAAUUAAAUAAUAUCAAAAUUAUUAGAAAAAUAAUUCAAAUAUUAUAUUUAGAUAUUAUUGAAAUAUAUACAGAUAAUAUAUAUAAUAUAAUAAGAGAUUAUUUUAAAAAAUUAUCUAACAUACUAAAAGAAAGAUUACUAUAUAUUAUAGAAAUGCAUAUGUCAUAUUAUACAAAAAAUACUAAUUCAUCUAUUCCCUAUAUUUGUUUUAAACCCGUUAAAAAAAAAUUUAUUAAUAUAAUUAGCGAUUUUUUUGCAGCAUCAAAUAGAGAUAGUAAUACCGGAAUGAAUAAAGAAACUGAAAUAAAUGAAAAUAAAAAAUAUGAAAAUAAAACAAGUCAAAAUAUAAAUAUUAAUAACGAUAAAGAAAAGGAAUCUCAAUUUGAAACAUCAUCAAGUGAUAGUGCAGGAAGUGAUGAUAAUAAUAAUUAUAUGGAACACACAUAUAAUAUAAAUAUGUUAAAUGAAAAAAAUGUGUAUAAAGAUUUGAAUUUUUCCAAUUCUCAAUUUAGUAAAGAUACAACUUUUUCAUUAACAGGUAUAGAUGUUAAUAUAAUUGGAACUAUUUUAAUUUUAAAAACAUUGAAUUAUAUAAUUGAGCAAAAUAUAUUUAUUGAUAUUUUUAAAGAAUGUUUAAUAAAUUCAUUUAAUUCUUUAAUAUAUAUAUAUAAAGAAAACACAAAAAAUAAUGAAGACACUGGAAAAAAUGAUAAUAGUACCAAUACUAUUAAUAUUGAUCUAUUUUUAAUUAAAAAUUUGAGUUUUUUAAUUUAUUUAUUUUAUAAUGUUACUAACGAUACAGAUUAUUUUAAAUUAUAUCUAAAUCAAGAAUUAACACAUGAUUUAUUAUAUCAACAAAUAAAUAAUAAAAUAAGGAAAGACAAAGAAAUCACAAAAAUACGAGAUAGUACCAAUAUAACACAAGGUCAGGAAUAUUCUAUAUUUUAUUUUAUUAAAAAGGUUUAUAAUAUAUCUUCUACAGAUGAUAUUCAAUAUAAAAUAUUAUCAUCAUUUAAUCAGUCCAUCCACAAUUUUAUCAUCACAAUAAUUGCUCGAGUUUGCUUUCCACUGAUUAACAUUUUGUCUGUCGAAUAUAAAGACAAAUUAUCGGAGAAGGAGGAGAGCAUAAAAAAUGUGUUAGAAAAGUUUUUAAAUGGUAAAAAUGAGCAAGUUGAUAGUCAGGACAAUGAAUCAUCUAAUUAUAUAAAAAUUGAUUUUAGUUAUUUAAAAAAUAUAAAUUUUGACUUAUUACAAAGCUAUGGUAAAAAAUUUGAAGAAGAGAAUGGCGAAAAUGAAGAGAAUGGAAAAAAUGGCGAAAAUAAAGAGAAUGGAAAAAAUGAUGAUAUAAAUAUUUUAAAAACAAAUUUAGACUCAUUUAAAAAAGGUCUAUAUAAAUUAUUUCCUAAAAUAUAUUUUUAUGUUAAAAUGUUUAUUAUCUCAAAUACGGAUAAUCAUUUCAAAGGAAAUAAUUUUUUUUAUUCCCUUUUUAACUAUAUCAUAGGGAUAUUGAAAUAUAAAAUUAUUUUUUUAUUGAGUGAAGUUUAUUUAUUAUUAAGAUAUAAAUAUCCCAAGUAUAUAAAACAAAUUUUUGAAGAAAAAUAUAUUGAAGAUAUUUUCCUUUUUUUAAAAUCAAAUGAUUAUUCUUGCAAUUUUGAGGAUAUACAAAAAUGCUACGAGUUAAAAAAAAGUUAUGAUAUCUUUUCUGAUUAG